CUUCCGCUUCCUGUGUAAACAAUCAUGGCGGUUCGUCGCAAUUAAACGAGUUUUUUUUUUUUAACUUGCUUUUACAGUUCAGCUAGGAUUUAACGGUGGACACGAUGGUUGACAGAGGCACGGAACCGAGCUUAGUUCGAUAUUUCUGCACGGCUGGUAACGGAAUGGAGCCGUUUUUAGUCGACGAGGUUACGCGAAAACUAGCUGCUCAAGACAUUAAGCGGUUGCCAGGAAAGGUACUGUUCACCUCCCGUGCAAGGAUAACCACAAUUCGGGAUGUCAAGUCUGCAGAAAGACUCUUCUUGUUGUUGAAGAAAAGCUCACCUGUGAAGCUGUCCGCUAUCACUAGCCCAGUAAGUGCAGCCUCUGUGGUGCAGUCCACACUGAUGAGCGACCUGAAACAGUGGACUGAUGCUGCAAUGACAUGGAGGCGCCUGCAGGGGGAGUUAGAAGCUAAGACAGUAGAGCUCAGUAGAGACUGUAGAGUAACCAACAGGGAGGAGGUUAGAGAUUGUGGUGAGAAGUGUGAUAAAUUGAGAAGUGACCACAGGGAGGAAGAGGAGGAGGUUAGUAUUGAACAAAAUGGAGAACAGACACUGGAAACAAGGAGAGAAAUGUUGCACAGCAGAAAAGCGUGCAGAGGCGACAUCCCGAGGAUGAUGAAGAAAAAGAGAAAGAUGGACUAUGAAGAUGAGUCAUGUGCUGACGACAAUGAGAAAAGCAGUGAAGUAGACAUGGAAGACGACUUUCCUGCUGGAAAACAUGGUAAAGGUAAGACAGCAAUAGAAGCCCCGCUCUCCUUUCGGAUCAGCUGCAAGUGUUCCGGAUCUCUGUCACGCAUCCUUGGCAUGCAGGAGAUAAGCAAAGUAAUGGGCAUGAGUGUGAAUCGACAGUUAGGCUGGAAGGCUGACUUGAGGAACCCUCAGCUGGAGAUUAGCAUGUACUUGACUGAUGACCACUGUCUGCUAGGGAUUCCACUAACCAGGUUACCUUUGGCAAAUCGCAGCUACAUCAAAACGACAGGACUGAGGCCCACAGUCGCCUGGGCGAUGGCCGAACUGGCAGAGAUACAACCAGGUUUCCUUGUGCUGGACCCAAUGUGUGGAGUAGGAACCAUCUUAAUAGAGGCUGCCCAGGAACACAAGCAUGCCUAUUUCCUGGGUUUGGAUAUUGAUGAUGGACAGCUGAAUAAGGCCAGUGACAAUGUCUCAUUUGCACAGCUGGGAGACAGGAUGCAUCUGUUAAAGGCUUCAUCUACGGAUAUUGCUUUGCCGAGUGCGAGUGUGGACGCAGUGGUCUGCGAUCUCCCAUUUGGGAGGAAGUUUGGCACCAAAGCCAACAUGGCCGCCAGCCUGCCCCUCAUCCUCAAAGAGAUGGAGAGAGUCCUCCGUGUUGGUGGAACCUUGGUGCUCCUCCUGAGUCCCCAGCUGUCCUGUGUCCUGAAAAAACUCCUAACACACAAAGACCCUGGAGGACCAUCGUCGUCUAACCAGGAGCGAGACCCUCAUCCUGGAAUAGAGGACUGCUCUGUUGUUCACUCAAAACAUCAAGAAGCCCACAGCGUCACAACAUCUACUCAGGGAACAGAGCCUCGAACUGGGCUACAGACCAGUGUACCUGCCCCUCUCUCCUCUCUGAAGCACCAGACCACUCUGAGACUCAGCUUAGGCGCCAUUGACGGACUUCUGCAUAAAUAUACAAAAAUAGACACUUGAACAAUCAGUGAACAAUCAUAAAAUGGACAUAUUUUUGACAUGUUAAAUCA